AAUUCAAUUUGGACUUCCGGCAGAUUUAUUCUGGCUCAAUUUGAGAAUCUCCCUCCCAUUCUGUUCUGGCCUCCUUCGACAAAUCCGUCAAUUUGCCGCUCCAAUUUCCAUCAGAGUUGCUGAUUAGCUGGUGUGAGAAAAGUGGCCAAGCUUAGUUUAUAUAUAUGCAAGAGCAAGAGUUGUUUUCGCGCCUUUAGUAUCUAGGUGCCUUUAGAAUCGCAGGAACGAGAAAUGCGUUUGUUGUUGGUUGAGGGGUUGAGCAUUUAUCAACAAAGGAUUUACAGAAGAGUUCCCUGGAAUUGAAAGCAACACAUUGUACUUGGUCCAUCCACAUGCUACUUUUUUAAAGUUGGUGUCAUAUUAAGACUGCAUCAACAUGCCCCGUAAGGUAAAUUUUGGACUUGAUUAUGAUGAUGGUUAUGAUGACUAUGAAGAUUAUUACCAUGACGACUAUGAUGAUGAAUAUGAUUGUACACAAGAAAAUGUAGUAUUAGAAGCAAAGGGAAAAUCUGAAAGCACUGUUAUUGGGGUCUGGCGUUGCCCCAUUUGCACAUUUGAUAAUGAUGACAGUCUGAGUGCAUGUGACAUAUGUGGAGUCCUAAGAAAUCCUUUGAUUAAGGGUUCUCGUGUCAGGAAUACUGAAGUUGGUGGCACUUGCAAAGACUCUGGAGCAUCCAUAUUGGCCAAUUCUCUAUUUGCAUCAUUGCCACAACGGUAUCCAAAAAAGGCUCUAAUCUUUGAUGGAAAGAGUGAUAUUCUUAAGUCAGAAGGCUGUUUUAACUUCCACGAGAAUGGAAGCGUACGUGGACAGUUGCAUGAUUUACUAAAAGCUUUUAGCUCUCAAAACCAUUACAAGUUUGAUAUAGAGCCUUUCAAAUUUGAUACUCCAUCGCCAGAUGAUAUGAGGCCUAGUUUAAUCAGUAAUUCCAAAGUGGGUUUCAAAGAUAAGGGUGGAAUGAUGACUGGUGCUAAUGCAAAACUGAACGGGGAAAGCACUAUAGUACCUAUUGCAAAAUUUGGGCAGAACGGAAUUGCAAAGAGUAGUUGUAAUGAGAAUAGUGGCAAACAAGAUAUCACAGGAAGUAUAAAAAGAUUGUCAAUUUCUUCAAAGUCUCAGAAUAAGGAUACUAAUGGAGGAACUGCUACAUCGAGUUCAAGAUAUUUGGCUGAGAAAGGCAAAUAUGAUGACAUGGAAGAUAAACUAAGCCAGCUAAAUCUUGCCGUUGUUGGUCAUGUUGAUUCUGGAAAGUCAACGCUAUCGGGAAGGUUGCUACACCUGUUAGGACAUAUAUCCCAGAAAGAAAUGCAAAAAUAUGAAAAGGAGGCUAAACAAACAGGUAAAGGGUCCUUUGCUUAUGCUUGGGCUUUAGAUGAGAGUGCUGAGGAAAGAGAAAGAGGAAUAACUAUGAAUGUGGCAGUUGCUUUUUUCCGGACUAAAAAUUAUCGUGUUGUUCUGCUUGACUCACCGGGCCAUAGAGACUUUGUUCCAAACAUGAUAUCUGGUGCAACGCAAGCAGAUGCAGCAAUACUUGUGAUAGAUGCUUCAAUUGGUGCAUUUGAAACUGGCAUUGAUGCUUCUGGAGGACAGACUAAGGAGCAUGCACAACUUAUUAAGAGCUUUGGUGUAGAUCAAAUUAUAGUUGCAGUUAACAAAAUGGAUUCUGUACAAUACUCCAAAGACCGGUUUGAUGCAAUUAAAAAGCAGCUUGGAACCUUUCUCCGUGCCUGUAAAUUUAAAGACUCUUCUGUAGUCUGGAUUCCUGCAAGUGCCAUGGAAAACCAAAAUUUGGUUGCCGGUCCUUCUGAUGUGAACUUUUCAUCCUGGUAUCAUGGCCCAUCUCUAUUGGAAGCAAUUGAUUCUCUCCAACCUCUUGCGAGGGAUUACUCAAAGCCUCAUUUAAUGCCAAUCUGUGAUGUUGUUAAAUCACAGUCACAAGGACAUGCAUCAGUAUGCGGAAAAUUGGAGACCGGAUUUCUACAAACUGGAUCCAAGGUUCUGAUUAUGCCGUCUAGAGUACUUGCCACAGUGCGCACGUUGGAGCGGGACUUGGAAGUUUGUCACAGUGCAAAGGCUGGAGAUAAUGUGACUGUUAAUCUAAACGGUAUUGAUGGAAACCAAGUGCAAGCUGGGGGCGUGCUAUGUCACCAGGACUAUCCAGUCCCAGUGACAAACCAUUUGCAAUUGAAGGUUCUUACUCUAGAUGUCUCGACUCCACUUGUCAUUGGUUCUCAGGUAGAAUUUCAUGUGCACCAUGCAAAGGAGGCUAACAUUGGAUUUGUCUCUAUGUUUCAAAAAAUUAAGGUAGAAUUUCAUGUGCACCAUGCAAAGGAGGCUGCAACGGUUUUGAAGUUGCUGUCAUUGCUUGAUCCGAAGACUGGGAAGGAGUUGAAGAAGUCUCCCCGGUGUCUAUCAGCAAAGCAAAAUGCCAUUAUUGAGGUGGCUUUGCAAGGGAUGGUUUGCGUGGACGAGUACGCCAAAUGUAAAGCUCUCGGGCACGUCUCUCUUCGAGCAUCAGGAAGAACCAUUGCCCUUGGCCUCGUGACCAAAGUACUCGAGUUGUUGUAAUACAGUCGCUUUUCGUCGCGCGCAGAAAGGUACAUUAUGAUAUUCGCGCAAGCUUCACAAUGGGAAACUGUUUAUAGCUUUUC